AACACGACCUUAUAUAUUUUCCGCCUAAAUAUUCACCCAAAUAAUAAACAAAUCUUUUGAAAUUCCUCUCCUCCCUAUUCUGCGUUUUCAAUCGCCAUGGGAAGAAGGAAAUGCAGAAUCCGAAAACAGUGGGUUCAAAAGAAAGCGCCGGCGCCAGCUGCUUCACCGUCGCCCCCUCCGCCGCCGCCGUGGAUCGAACUUCCCGGAGAUGUAACGGCCAACAUUCUGCAGAGGUUGGGCGCUGAGGCGAUGCUGAGGAGCGCGCAGCAAGUGUGUAGAACCUGGUGGAAAGUUUGCAAGGAUCCCGCCAUGUGGCGAGUGAUCGAUUUGUGCAACAUUGAUGAUAUGAAUAUGUUCGAGGACUACAAUGCCAUGUGCCGCCGCGCCGUGGAUCGGAGCCAGGGGCAAUUGGUCGACCUCACCAUUGACUUCUUCGGCGACGGGGAACUGAUAAUCUAUGUCGCCGAUCGAUCACGAAAUCUCAAACGUCUUAAACUCGUAUCUUGCGAUGAGAUGUCUGCAGAUCCUUUAAUUCAGGCGGUUGAAAAACUUGAACAGUUGGAAGAAUUGCACCUUAUUAUGUUUCCAUGGAUAGAAGCUCACCACAUUGAAGCUAUUGGCCAUUCUUGCCCAAAGUUGAAGUCAUUCUCAUAUAACGAACGUGGUUCAAAGAUCCGGCUUAUGCCAGAUUCAGAAGAAGAUGAUUAUUACAGUGAAGGAUUUGAUCGGAAUACUUAUGCUAGAGCAAUCGGGAAAUGCAUGCCUAAUUUGCAUCAUCUUCAACUUUUUGCACAUGAGGAGAUGCAAAACGAAGGACUUGAAGCCAUCCUUGAUGGCUGUCCACGCCUCGAAUCACUUGACAUCCGGCAAUGCUAUGGUCUCGAUCUUGGAGGGGAUUUAGGGAAAAGAUGCCGUGAGCAGAUAAAAGAUCUGAGGCUCCCUAAUGACUCGGUUAGUGAUGUACCAUGGCUUGUUGGGGAACCAUCUGAAUUGGAUUUUGAACGUUACAGCGACUGCUAUGAUGAUAAUAGCUAUUAUGGUGAUUUUGAAUAUGAGUAUUACGACGACUACUUUUCUCCUCUUGGCUAUGGAUCCUUCAACGAUGACUUUUCUCCUCGUGGCUACGGAUUCUUCAACGAUGAUGGACCUGGGAUUUUCGACUACGACUUCUUCUGAGCUAGGAACAAGAUCAUAGCAUAGCAGAGGGUAAAGCUUUCUUAAUUUCGUUUGUUAGAUUUAUGGCUUAAGAUACAUGGCCAAAUAAUACUCCUCACCAAUUUUUCUUGUAGGUCUUUGUGUUGCUAGUUGAUUUCAAGUGGUUAUGGCAGCAUUUUGGGACUUUGAUUCUAUCUCUAGUGAGAUAUCAAUGGUAGUAGCAAUAUGCCUCUUAUGACUCUGCCCUCAGUUUGCAUGUUUUAGUAGCUGAUCUAACUCUAUGCAUAAGAAUAUUUAAUUGUUAUGUUCUUCACCAUUUAUAUAUGAUUUAAAUUUUGAUGAUU